AGCGGUGUCUGCUCCUCCGCUUAUUAGUGCGGACCAUGGCACGAGCCGCUGAGCUGUAAAUGGCGAAGACUUCACCCUCAAAAGCGGCAGAGGGCGGAAUAAGUAGCACUUGACACUCGAGGAACAAACAAGUCCACUCCGAAGCCGGAAAUGAGUGGGGUCCCAGUCUGAAAAUAAAGAGCAAAUUACCACCACGCCAACAGCAUAGUUGUGAGCGAGGAAACCUGCCGGGCCUGUCUGAACCUGCCAUCAACAACGUGUGUAGUAAAGACACUCCCCCUGCGCUCUUCAAUGGCUCUGUUGACCCUGCACAGGCUCCCAUCCAUCUCCGGCGCUGCAGAUGACAGCCUCGAAAGAAGAGGGAGACUUCAGAAAAGGGAGAGCUUUGCCCUGGUGAAGGGGGCGGUCCUUCUGCUGGGAGAUGGCGAGAGCGGGAGCCUGGAUGGAGGGACUUUUGCCUCUCCGCCUUCUCCUGUGAAGGAAGGCGGAGGAGCUCAGGACACAAGGCGCAAACACCUCCAGGCCAUGGUUGAACAGCUUCGACCAGAGGAUACCGUUAAGCUGGCGGUGCAGUUGGAGUCCGUCAGCUCCGUCAGAGUCCGGUAUCUGAUCGUUGUCUCCACCCUUAGCAACAAACAAGAGAGCAUCCUGCUGGGAAUGGACUUCCCCAACCCAGACAGCGAUCGGUGCACCAUUGGCCUGGUUCUGCCGAUAUGGAGCGACACACAGGUGUACCUGGAUGGAGACGGGGGUUUUAGUGUGACAACAGCUGAGGAGAUCCGCAUUUUUAAGCCUGUUUCCAUGCAGACCAUGUGGACAGUGCUGCAGGCUUUGCACGGGUGCUGCGAGCGGGCGGUCAACGCAGCGCUGAUCCCAGGCAAUGGCUUGGAGUGGGCCGAGCACUACCACCAGCACACGGAGUCGGACCGCCUGUGCCUCAACGAGUGGGAGGUCUUGAACGACUUGGAAUCGGUGCGCAGGGACAGCAAUGGAGAGGGUUCGGCCGAUAGAAUUUCCAACGAGGGGCUGAUCAAAGAGCACCUGAGAGACAUUAUGAGGACUGAAGACCUCGACAACCUCACGUCUAAAAUGGUGCACUCUACGCUAGAGACCCGGAUAGGCUUCGACAUGAGACCCUUUAAGGAGUACAUCGACAAUGAGAUCCUGGUUACCAUGGCUCAGAUGAACAAACCCUCCAAAAUAUUUGACUACCUUUACUUGGGCUCUGAAUGGAACGCAGCGAACAUCGAGGAGCUGCAGAAGAACAAUGUGGGCUACAUCCUGAAUGUGACGAGGGAGAUUGACAACUUUUUCCCAGAGUCCUUCACUUAUAUGAACAUCAGAGUGUACGAUGUGGAAGCCAGCGAGCUGCUCCCCCACUGGACAGACACGUACAACUUCAUCAACACGGCCAGGCAGCGUGGACAGGCCGUGUUGGUGCACUGCAAGAUGGGAGUCUCUCGCUCUGCUUCCACCGUCAUUGCCUACGCCAUGAAGCACUAUCACUGGCCACUGGAUAUGGCCUUGACCUACGUGAGGGAUCGACGUUCCAUCGUCAAGCCCAAUGACGGCUUCAUGAAACAGCUGCAGACCUACAACGGCAUCCUGAAUGCGAGCCAGCAGCGUCACAGCGCACUCUGGAGGCGAAUGUCGAGAGAACAAAGGCAAAAAUCAAUGCGCAAGGACGAGAGAGUGGGGGAAGGAAAGCCUGAGGAGGAGGAGGAGGAGGAGGAGGAGGAGGAUGAUGACUGUGAGCUGUCUGAUGAGGAGGAGCUAGCGAGUCCACAUGAAACAGAUGAUCCACAGCAGGACUUACAGGUGUUUGAAGGGCCAACCCCCCAAUCUGACACGAGCCAGACAGGAUCACCAGUUAUCACGGUAAAUGAACCAAACUUGGUCGCUCCGAGCGUAAAUCGCAGUGGCAGGAUGAAUCUCUUCUCCCUCAUGCAGUCCAUCAGCGAUGAGGAUAAAGGGCGUGAACAGCUGCUCGGCAGUCCGAGGCGCUCUCCAGUGCAGCGGAUGUACAGCCAAGGGCGACGGAGUCUGAUGCACCAGAGAGCAUGUGUGGAUGUUUCCCCUGAGUCACGCAGCCUGCCAGAAGACAGUGAAAGCAAACCCUGAAGGUGGAAAGUGGAGGUGGAAGUGGAUGAAAAAACAUCUUUUUUGGGGGGCUUUAUAUUUCCGGUUAUUUGGAUGAUAAAAGUUUUAAUUUAUGUUUCAUUUCGUACCGGUGUUCAUAAUAUUAUAGGUGUUAUUUUUAGAACACACCCUACCACGUGCGGACCUACUGGUUUCACCCUUUUCUCCUUCAGCUCUCAACACUCCAGAGAUAUCUAUGCAAUUACUGUUCUUUUUAUUUCCCCCAGUAAAUAUGAGGCUGUAUGCUGCCAGUUCAAGGUAGAUGGUUUUAAAUGUGUUUUCAUGUCUGCUCAUGUUAAUUAUUCACAAAUGGAAGGAUUUCCUUUCAUCUUAGCUGUGCACAACGCACCACGUUUGCCAAACGGUGUGUUAAAUGUGCCAAUCAUAUUGAAUUAAAAAUCUUUAUCUCGUCAGUGCGUUAAGAACCAACGUCACCUGUUUUAUUUUUAUUCAUUCUAUUCAGAUACCGGGGCUGUACGUGUGCCUUCAACCUGAGAAUAACAUGUGAAAUAUGAAUGGCUGGUGUUUUUGAUAUGGAGGUGAUGGCUGAAUAUUGUAUGAGUCUUGUGAAUAAUUAACAUUUUGCUGAUAUCAGUGUAAAUGUAACUGCCCAAAGUAUUUGCAUGUAUAUACAGAUGUAUCAUCCAAUAAUCGCUGGGUGCAUGUUAUGUAUUUAUACAACAUGUUAAGAGAAUGUUCAGGGUUUUCUCGUGUAUUCAUAUUGACAUUUAAUGGACUGUUAGUUAUUAAAGAUGCUGUUUUCAGGCUUAUGGCUGGAUGCUGAUGUGGAAUAUUCUAUGUUCACGCUGUUAUUUAUGCAGUGAACCAAAGCUAAAGGCUAUUUAAAUAAUUUAAAUUGCACUUUAUUACUGCGACACACACAUUGUCCCCACUGCCUGAGUUAACAUCACACGGUAUUGGGAAGACCAUUUCUCAUACUGUACACGUUUGCCUUUCUGUGUCAAUGUCUGCACCUCACGUUUACAAAAAAAGUGAGAAAUAAAUCACUCAAAACAAACUA